UGUUUUAAAUUGAAUUAAGAUUUUAAUAUUCUAUUUUCCUGCUUUCUUCCCCUCCACACGCUAAUCAAAGUCAGAUUUGGCAGCCAGAGGGAGGGUACAGAGAAGGUUGGCAGGCACUGGACUUGGCCCAUCCUGUGCUCCUGAGAACCGUGCUGAGAACCGAGCCUGUGGAGAAGGCAACAAGCUGAUCACCCUUACUCAAAACUGAGGCUGAAGGGGUUAACCCAGCCCUAGCUAAUUGAGCAGAGGAAUUCAGCCUCAGCCUGGAGGAGGGCCUGUUCUGUCGCUGCCUCCCUUUGGAUUGCCUUUCGUGUUGCCAUGGCGACCCCUAGGAUACCAGGAUACCCAUUGCUGCUCCAGAAUUCUCUGCUUGAGCAGAGUGGCUCUCCCUUCGGCCUGUUCAGAACACCUUUCUUUUUACUACGAUAUGCUCAGGCUCUGCAAAACCCAACACCAGUUUGUCCAUACAGGGGACAUGGACAACACCAUGCCUACUCCAACGUCACUGAAAGGUUGUCUUGCUUGACUCUCCAGGAGCCCAGUGUCAGCCAUCUCUACCAGAUUCUCUCUCCUGCAGACAGAAGAUCCUACCUGCUUGAUGAUUCUUUAUCCAAUUCCAGACAGCGCGAGUCCUUGGCCGUCCCCAUGAGGCUUGAGGACAGUGCCUCCAGUGGUCAGCAGCAGCAGCAGCAGCAGCAACAGCAGCAGAAUGUCCCUGAGGAUCUGGAAGAGGAGGAAAUUGCCCCAACAGAUGUAAAAUACCGCCUGCAGCUGCUCGAGCAGGUUCCAUUAAGGAGCACGAGUUCCAGUAUACACAGCCAGUGUUACAAGCCUGGGUGGAUUCCAUUCAGCAAAACCCAGAGAGAAUGGUUCAAGCCCUGGAAGAUGGAGACUGUGACAAAUCCUGAGCUCGAGUGCUCCCAUUCAGGUUACAUCCAGGGCAGAAGAACAACACCAAGAGGACAGCUGAGACAUAUGGAGUAUGACAGCCAGGACCAGGACACCCAAGCCCUAGUAUGGAGUCAUGCCCUCUUCCCUGGUCUAGACAAGAGCAGUCAGGGAGUCAUCCCAUCCAUCCAGCAUGUGUCAAAGGAAAAGGAAAUGGUACCUGCUUCCUCUAUGACCCAUGCACAUCAGGAGAUGGGCCAGACAAAGCAUGGGAUAGCCUUUGUGGGGACAAAGAGAACUGCCAAGUUUAAUGAAGCUACAACAGCCAGGAUAACCUCUCUGCCACCUCUCAAGCCCCUGGAGAAAAAAGUGAAGAGUAGGUGUCCCCCCAACACAUCUGGGACCCUCCAAGGCAGAUUACACUCCGAACUGACUGGCAAGCAAUUCUUCCAAGAUUGGAGAGCUCAGUCCCGAGGGCGCUUUGGAAACAACGAAAAGCUCCUGGCGCCAUUUGAGGAUCAAGUCAGCACGAAGGUCACAUACAUGCCCUUGUUUUCUGAAAGAGUGAAGUUUGUAAGCCCCAGAACAGUUGCAUCCAACCUGAGACAAACACAUUCUCGACUGAGUAAGAAAAAUCAACCAGGUCAGCUCCAGAAUUCGGCCUCACAAAGAGAACAGCUCGAGAAAAGGACUGCCUGAAUGAAUUCUGGGAAACCACAACAGAAGCCUAUAAUCCCAGCACUCUGCUGAGGCAGGACUGCUACUCAGCUUUCAGACCAAUUGCUGCUACUUGUGCAAUGUCUUGGGAUGCUAGCAGAACAAGGAUGAAUUGUUUCUUUGGGAAGGAAUACCGUUCCAUGGUCCCAGAAGGGCAAUCGUGUUCCAGAAGACCUGAGAAGAAAGGCUGCUGGCUGUGGGAUUUACAGGUAUAAUCUUCUUACAGAAGUGAAGGAAGUCCAAGGAUAACACCGCUGCUGUGAGAAGCCUGUGCUAACUUCCCCCAGGGGCCAGGGUGGGGAGAGGCCCUCAUUUAUUCCCUGGGGAUAAGAGCACUGACUUUGUUUUUUGAGACAGUAGCCUAAAUUGGCCUUGAAACCCCCCAUCUUCCUGCCUCUGUCUCCCAAAUUCUGGAGUUACAAACAUGUCACCAUGGCCUGGC